AGUCGACUUCCUUCGGUCGACGAGGAUGUCUGUCCAAACUACAUAAAUCUUGAACUCUUGACACUACGACACGUCUUUUCUUGACUAACCCAAAAACAAGCCGACUUCCUUAAAAUCUCACCUACAUAAACCCUAGAAACAACCACACCUCCACCCACAAAUUCAGGAGAAGAAACGAAAAAAAAAAAUGAGCGCAGGUUUCCUCAAGAAUGGCAACAAGGCACACAUCUACAUCAACACCAUCUGGAAAAGACACUCGAUUUCCGAUUCACUUGGAGCUCCGAUUACCAGAACCCCUUUCCAACAACCCAAAGCUUCAUACUCCCGAUUUCCUCAAAGAAAAGCGAAAGACAUCGAGUUUUCUGUUCCAUUUCCGACCACCAAUACACAGAGCGCAUCGCGUUUAUCGUCGAUUUCAAAGAGUGCGUUUAUUGGAUGGUAUUUGGGUAUGAUUAAAACCCGACCCAUUCUUACUAAAAGCAUCACCUCUGCUCUUAUUUAUACUGCUUCUGAUUUAUCCUCUCAGACAAUUACUCGAUCAUCUUCAGAGUCUUACGAUGGUAUAAGAACUUUUCGCAUGGCUGGAUAUGGAAUGAUCGUAUUAGGUCCAGCACUACAUUAUUGGUUCAAUUUCGUAUCGAGAAUCUUUCCAAAUCGUGACCUUAUGUCAACAUUCAAGAAAAUGUUCUUGGGUCAGGCGAUAUUUGGACCUGUUAUGACUGUCGUGUUCUUCUCUGUGAAUGCAGGCAUACAAGGUGAAAAUGGUAGAGAAAUUGUUGCUAGAUUGAAGCGAGACUUGAUUCCUACUAUGAUCAAUGGUGUUAUGUAUUGGCCUGUUUGUGAUUUUAUCACAUUCAGAUUCGUCCCUGUUCAUUUGCAGCCAUUAGUGAGCAACUCAUUUGCGUACAUAUGGACUUGUUACAUGACAUACAUGGCAAGCUUAGAGAAAGCAGGGAUCAAACUUUUCAACUGCCAUCCAAGUGAUACCUGCCGCCGAUGCUGCUACUUAGCUUUCUCCACCUCUUCUCUCUCCCUGACGAAGAAGGGACGAGGCAACAAGCCACCUAUCACCUCCUCCCGCCAUCACCGAAACCUACCUGCUACCUCCCUUUUGCCGCCGGUAAACCACCAUCACCACCUCCUGCUGCUUGCUGCUGCUGUAAGUCAUCUAGCCGAGAUUAAAGGAUCCGUCAGAAAACUCAUUUUUGCUGGAGAAGACGACCGGAGAGUCGCUAGAGAUAAGAAAUUGUUGGAAAUCUUCAAUAGCUAG